UCUCCAUCUCAACAUGGCGGCUGAUGGUUUCCUGGGAUUGCGGUAAAACGUAAACAAACGCGAAAUUUUAACGAAAACGUGUUUUCUGGGAAUUUUAAGGCUCGAAAUCUUCGAAACGAGGAAAUGGCGAGUAAAACCGUUCUUGCUGGCGACGUAAUAUUCGAGCCGAUGGAGAUGAUCAAGACGAGUAAAAAGGUGAUUCUGGGGCCGGAUUUGCGCAUGGAUCAGGAUGUGGUGCGCGCCAGUAAAUGUGGCCAGCUGAAAACGAAACCGCCGAAUACGUUCUGGGUUGAUGCGCACCAAAAGCGGUACGUGCCGACCCGCGGGGAGUUGGUGGUCGGCGUUGUGAUGGCUAAAGCAGGAGACAUAUUUCGAGUGGACAUCGGCAGCAGCGAAACGGCCUCUUUAUCGUAUGUGGCCUUCGAGGGCGCAACUAAGAAGAACCGGCCAGACGUGAACAUCGGAGAUAUCGUGUACGCGCGGCUCUUGAUCGCUCACCCGGACGUAGAACCCGAACUCGUUUGUGUCGAUUCACACGGCAAGAAGGGGAAACUCGGAAUCCUGCAUGAUGGAUUUCUGCUAAGUUGCAGUCUGAAUCUGAUACGAAAGAUUCUCAAUCCAAAGUGCACGUUCCUGAGUUUACUGUCGAAAGAGCUCAAAUUUGAGCUGGCUGCUGGGAUGAACGGACGACUGUGGAUACGGGGAAAAACCGUUAAAGAAACCAUUGCCAUCGGAAAUGCAAUUUUGGCCCUAGAAUUUGUACCGAGCGAUCAGAUCCGCGAGCUUUGCAACGACAUCGGAUCGUACGUAGCAGGAUUCGCGAAAUAAAUUUGUGAGAAAUUUAGGAACUCAACGUAUUUUUCAUUCUUACCCACUAAGCCCAUAACGAACGGAGAUAACACUCAAA